UAUUCUACAGUACUGUUUCACCAAUAAUUUUACGCACGUUUGUUUACGUCCUGCCAAACGAUGAACAAUCAAAAGCUUACUGCCCAUUUAAAACUCAAUCUUCAAGAAUCAAACAAACUGAUAAGCAACUACCGCUGGUUAAUUGAUGCGUAUGUUUUAGACUUCUACGUGGAUAACCACUGGGACCGUCUUCCACCGUGCUGGCGGUCCUGUUUCGACGAGCUGGACGUUCAUAAACUUAAGAAUUUGCUGAUACAUGAUAACCCACAAACGUCAGAUACCCACAUUUGGCCGUUGUCCAUUCUAGCCUUACGGGUCCUUUUCCGGAAAUAUUGUCUGGCACGGAACCUUCCAGGUGAAGUGCCAAAUUUGGGAGAACAGCUAGAGGAAGAACGAUGCCGAUUUUACGCUCAAAGAAGUUUAUUCUAUAAAUCGGUGAAACUGAAAAAGCGUCACGAAAUCGAGAAGUUUGGCGUGCAAUGUUGGGAAACGGGUAGGAGGACGAAGGUCGAGCACUUGGUGGAUAUCGGUUCCGGACAGGGCAAUCUAGCUCGCACUUUGUGCUACGGAUUCGGAUUCAAAGUGUGCUGCAUUGAACAGGACGAAAAAUUGGUUGAAGCUGCUAGGUUGAAGGACGAAGAGCUAUCAUCCCGAUUGAAGCGACAGUUGAAAAUCGAAACGUUGCAUCACCCCAUUCACCUGAGCAAGAAGGUAAAUUUGGAGGAGAUCGAUCCAAGUCAAUUCGUUCAAAUGAUACGGGAUGCUUUCAACGUGGAAAAGGAUAGCGCUUUCCAUUUUGGACUCGUAGGAUUACAUCCGUGCGGAGAUCUUGCUGUUUUCCUGAUGAAGCUGUUCCUAUCCUGCCCGGAGGCGAGGUUUAUCAAAUUGGUUUGCUGUUGCUACAUGAAACUGACGACCGACGAGGAUAUGACUUCCAAUUAUGGGUUCCCCGUAAGUGCAUUUAGCAAACAGCUGGGAUUGUACUUGAGCUACGAAGCAAGGGAAAUUGCUUGCCAUGCCGUCGAGCAGUACCACAGCAAACUGGAGAGCGAUUACCAAGAGUUGAAGGUUCACGCCUUCCGGGCAGCGGUGGAGAAAAUUAUCGUCAAUCUCCGUCCGGACUGGAAACAUUCCGGACUGAGAAGCACCAAGCUGGGCAACCUCAGCUUCCGGCAAUACUGUGAUAAGGCAACCAACGAAACUGGAAUUGAGUUGCCGUCGACGGCGGUGGAAUCGCCGGAAACGGCGAACGAUCUAAACCACUGGGAAAGGGUGGUCAAAUUUUACACGCUGAGACUGAUGUUUGCUCCGUUGGUCGAAUCGGUCGUGCUGUACGAUCGGUGGCUUUAUCUGCUCGAACAAGGAAUCAACAGCGAGAUAGAUGUCAUUUUCGAUCCCUUUUGUUCGCCACGGAAUCAUGCGUUGACCGGGGAAAAAUAACAUACGGUGUACU